UUUGACAGGUUACAUAAGUUUUCAUCUUCGUCUCGAUUCGAUCGACGGAAGUUCAGAGUGCAGCUUUGGUCGUCUUUUUUUCCCGGAAAAAAUCGUUUGCCAGCCUUCCAGAAGUUCCCGGUAAACCGCGCGAAGCAGCAACGAUGGCCUCCCGCAGAAUUGCCCAAUCCAGCGUCAACUGGGCCGCCCUGGCCGAGCGCGUUCCGCAGAGCCAGAAGCCUAACCUCGCCGCCUUCAAGUCGAUGAGCGACAAGUAUCUGCGAAGUGUCAUUGUCAACCCGGAAACUCCGCCGAAGAUUGACUGGGCCCACUACCAAAAGAGUGUCCCGAUCGCCGGCAUGGUGGACAAGUUCCAGAAGGCGUACGAGGCGCUGCAGAUUCCGUACCCGGCCGAUACCGUGACCGCGCAGGUCGAGGCCCAGGAGAAGCAGGUCAAGGAGGAAAUCGCCAAGUUCUGCAAGGAUUCGGAGUCUCGCAUCGCCGACUACGCGAGCCAGAUUGCCGCCCUGAAGGCACUGCUGCCGUACGACCAGAUGACCAUGGAAGAUUACCGCGAUGCGUUCCCCGACCAAGCUCUGGACCCGAUCAACCGCCCGACUUUCUGGCCACACUCCCCCGAGGAGCAGGAGAUUGGAGCUCCGAACGCCGAGCCGCACCAUUAAGGGCGGGGAAAUUUCGAAACUUUGCAACAGAAAACAUCUGCUGUUUAGAACACAACAUCAAGUUGAAAAUUUAAUAAACAUGGAAAGUCGAUCGUAAAAAAA